AGACUACGCUUCCCAGGCGGCCCUGCGCUGACUGUCCGGGGCGUUCCGACAGGCUUUUCGUGCUUCACGCACCAUAUUCGGCCUCAGCCCGCGAGCCAGCACGGAGUAGCGGCACAGGAUGGAGAGCAGCGACGAGGAAGACGUCGAGAAGCGCCGAGUCCACGUACGCCCCGUCACUCUGCGCAGCGCCCCCCCUGCCACACUGCACCUUCUGCCUUGUGAGAUCCCCGUUAACCGGCCCGCCCCUGUGGAGCGCUUCUUCACCCCGGCCAUCCGUCAGGGUCCCGAUGGACUCGAAGUGUCGUUUCGGGGCCGCGGUCUGCGGGGAGAGGAGGUGGAGGUGCCGCCCGGUCUCGUGGGAUAUGUGAUGGUGAUGGAAGAGAAGGGAGAGGUGCUGGGGAAGCAGAACUCCCCGCAGGGGUCAGACAGUGAGGAACCAGAGCAGGAGCUGCUGGAGCCCCCGGAGGCGGCCCUGGAGCGGGACUUCGACCGCGUUAUCAGAGCCUCCGGCAGUUUCAGCCGCUUCACCGUGUGGGGCCUGGAGACCGUCCCUGGCCCGGAUGCGAAAGUGCGGGCGGCCCUAACUUGGCCCAGCCUCGCCUCAGCGAUCCACGCGCAGGUGCCAGAGGACUGAGAACAAGAGCUUGAAGGCACUGUUCCCUUCACCCAAAAAACCAGCUCUUCACCUCUGACCCACUGAUUGUCACCCCAAUAAACCAGCUCUUCACAGCACCCAGCCUUCGUUCACUCCGUCAGGGUCCUGGGAUGUCCCACCAGUGGAAGCCCUUCCUCACCCUUAGUCACGACUGCUUCCUGUUGCACCACAGCCUGUUCCACCUUCCUCCCUUUGGUGCCUCUUUGGCAGCCAGUCUUGCCCUCUUGCCCAGUCUCCUGACUUCCACCAAGCAACCCAGUGGCGAGAAGGACAGAGGCUGGUGCUUUGGAGGGCGGGAGCAUGGAAGAGGACGGGCACACGCUGGGCCCAUGGUGCACGUAGACUCCUGACAGAUCAACUGGGCCCCACACGGGCCUCCUCAGCUGCAGGAACUCCCAGUCCCUCCUCAGUGCCUCUCCUGACACCCAUCUGCCCGCCCCGCCUGCCGAGGUGAGCGCACCUGGCGGCCCUGCCUGCACCCCCUCCCUGCUGCGGCCUGAGCUCCGAGACCGCAUGAUGCGCCUGCCUGCUUUGCCAGGCUGAGGACUUCCGAAAAGAUGUGACCCCGCUUUCACAUUCUUUUACCAA